ACUUGCCAAUUUUUUUGACGUGGCCGUACUCCGUAAUCUGCGAUCCUAGCGGAGCGGCGAAUCCAAUGCUACACUUCCGGUAUUUGCUGGUCGUAUCACUUGCUUCCUGACGACCGCCGUCUCAUAGCGUCUCCGCCCGGGGGCGGACUCCAAUUGCAACAGCUCGGCGAUGGCCGUAGCGCGUUUCAGAUCUAUUCUCGCUCUCAAGACCAGGGUACUUAUCGUAUCCCUCCUCCUGCUCAACUCUACAUUCUCCCAGCCGGCCGCUGGAUUUGGGGACGCUAAGAGGAGAAAUAUGAAGGAGAAAGUCCGGCAAAUGUUUUAUCAUGCAUAUGAAAAUUACAUGGCUUAUGCAUUUCCGCAUGAUGAGCUAAAGCCUAUCACAAGUACUUUCACAGACUCUCUCAGCGAACUUGGAAAUCUUAAGCUUGAACAUCUUCCUCAAAAUUAUCAAGGAUCGGCCUUGACACUUAUUGAAUCACUUUCAAGUCUUGUUGUCUUAGGUAACAAUACAGAAUUUGAAAAAGGAGUUCUUUGGCUCGCUGAGAAUCUCUCCUUUGAUGUGGAUGCUCGCGUAAACUUGUUUGAGUGUAACAUACGAGUUCUUGGUGGGCUUUUAUCUGCUCAUAUACUAGCAACAGAUUCUAAGAACAGGCUAGAAAGGGGAAUAUAUCAGAAUCAGCUGCUUGACCUUGCUGAAGAUUUAGGCAGACGGUUUCUGCGAGCCUUUGAUACCCCUACUGGCUUGCCAUAUGCAUGGAUCAAUCUAAAGUAUGGAGUCGUGGAAAAUGAGACAACUGAAACAAGCACAUCAGGAUGUGGUUCACUUAUUCUUGAAAUGGGGGCACUAUCACGGUUAACUGGUAAUCCUCGGUACGAAAAUGCUGCACGUCAUGCUCUUCAAAAGUUAUGGAGUAUGAGAAGUUCUUUAAAUCUCUUGGGAACUACUCUUGAUGUUGUCACUGGAGAGUGGAUUGAAUACUCAUCUGGAAUUGGAGCUGGUGUUGAUUCAUUCUACGAAUAUUUGUUGAAGGCCUACAUUCUGUUUGGAAGCGAUGAGUUCUGGGAUAUGUUUCACUCAGUUUAUCUUGCUGUACAAAAAUAUUUCCGUCAUGGUCCAUGGUACCACGAAGCUGACAUGAGGACUGGGAGGGCUACCUACUGGCAACUGACAAGCCUUCAAGCAUUUUGGCCUGGUCUUCAGAUUCUUAUUGGAGAUGUAGCUGCUGCCAAUGCAUCACAUCGUGAAUUUUAUCAUGUAUGGGAGCGUUUUGGUGUUUUACCAGAAAGAUAUCUUUUGGAUAGGAAUGUGUUGCAUCCAACAGAGAAAUAUUAUCCAUUGCGACCUGAACUGGCAGAAUCAACUUUCUAUCUUUAUCAAGCAACUAAAGAUCCUUGGUAUAUGGAAGUUGGUGAAUCAAUUGUUAGCUCUCUCAAUCGCUAUGCCAAAGUUACAGGUGGUUUUGCUAGCAUUAGAGAUGUUACAACAAUGCAGCAGGAAGAUCAUCAACACAGUUUCUUUCUUUCUGAAACUUGUAAAUACCUCUAUCUUCUUUAUGAUGAUACCUUUUUAGCCGGCCAAAAUUAUAUAUUUACUACCGAGGGGCAUCCGCUGCCCAUAAGAAGCUCAUGGCAUGAAAAACUACCUGAAUCUUAUAUUCCACAUAACUGGACAAGGGUUAAGAAUGAAGAUGAUGUGCUUCACGUUAGUUCUAUGUCGUUGCAAGUUUGUCCAGUGACUGUCCCUGAAAAUAGUGGUCGUGGGGUUGAGAGUGCUUGCCAUAUUCCUGAUAAUCAUGUUGAUCAUAGGUGUAGAACUGAUGGUGAAUGUGGUAUUGAUUCAACAACUUGUAGACAAAGAACGUGCAGUAUUGCAGGCUAUUGUGGACUUUGGGUGUUCAUAGAUUAAUCUUAUUACUGCAGACGAUAAACAAAGGAUAGUUCUUUCCCAUCAGGAAUAAAAUGAAAUCAUAAGAUGCUAUUUAGCCAACUCACUGUACAUUAGAGAAACAAAACAGAAGUCUCGUAACUUUUUGCAAGGCUUUAUAGGGAAUGGAUUAGAUUCUUGUCAUUCAGUGUCAGAGGGUAUAAUAAACAGCAUCGAUGCUCCCAGUUUAGUGCGGCAGUAGCCAUAAACCUAUACGUACGUUCAGUUGUUACUGAUUAUUGUAACCAUUUAUCUAUAAGGUUUCGUUUGAGACGGCUUUUUUAUUGCUUCUUAAAGCAAUUUUCUAGUAAAAAAUUAAAAUUUUUAUACUAGAAAGUCGCUGUCACAAAUAAAGCCUAAAUAUCAUUCUGGCUUUAAAUACUUUCGGGUGUGAAACAAUAAUUGCAUUUUGUAAUUUGGGUGCUUGGGGGCUCCUACCUUUGUCAACAAACAAAUGAGGGAUACUAAAAAAAUUUUUUCCUUAAAUAUUAUUUGUACUUGGUUGAUUAUCCUUCGUGAUGAUUUCAUAUGUAGUUGUAUCA